CUCUGUCCCGACACGUCGCCGAGCCGCCUGUUGCCGUCCCCCAACUCGCAACUGAGAAGCAAUCGUUCCGCCCUGCUCGAAGCAGUCGCUCGAGAAGCCCUAAAUCUGCGAGUCAGCAACGCGAGAAGUGAAACUGCGACUGUCUCGGCAAAAAAGAAAAGAGAAGCCAGUGUGCAGAACUAGACCUGCAAGAGGAUCUUUGCUAGUUUUGGGAGUUGUGAAAUGUCUACUGGCCCUGGACUUGAUUCUCUCGUAGACCAAACAAUAUCGGUCAUUACAAAUGAUGGGCGUAACAUUGUGGGGGUCUUAAAGGGCUAUGACCAAGCAACAAAUAUCAUUCUUGAUGAAUCUCAUGAACGUGUUUACUCCACAAAGGAAGGCGUGCAGCAACUUGUGCUCGGUCUUUACAUAAUAAGGGGUGAUAACAUAAGCGUUGUUGGAGAACUAGAUGAGGAGCUUGAUUCCAAUCUGGAUUUGUCCAAGCUGAGAGCUCAUCCCCUUAAGCCUGUAAUUCAUUAAUCAUGUACCAUAUACACAUGAUACGGUAGUUUUCAUGCACUUCAUUAGCUGUAAUCAUACAUAUAGGUCGGUUAAUGAUGUUUGUGGAGAACUUAUUACUGUUUGUUCAGAAAAUGUUGCUGAUGGCUUAUCUAAGGCGUGGUCUCGAUGCAGUAUCGCCAUUGGGGAAAUGAGAGGUGACCUUUCUGUUAGUGAAGGAUUAUGCUAUCGUUUAUCAAAUUUAGAGCACGUGAUGUUUCGAGUCACGAUGUCCAAUAUGUGCUCGGUUCUAGUUCUUUUGACAUUCUAUUAUGAGGCAGUACCCACAACUUUAGAUUUUACUCAUUUUUGAGACGUUGGAUUGUAGAAAUUGAAAUAUCCAUGACGAUGGCCUUCA